GACAUAUCCCUCGUUAUCUCACACCAUGAAGAUCGUUGCUCUUGCUCUGGUCCUCGGCGUGGCCGCCGCCCUUCCCGGCCUCCGUCUGCGUCGCGACUCGUCUCCUCUGCGCUUCGAGCUGCCCUCCAACGCCUCGCUGGUUCUGGGUAGAAUCAACACCGGAUUCGACUGCGCCGAACUUCCCUACGGAUACUACGCCGACACCAGCAACGACUGCGCCCUGUUCCACGUGUGUCUGCCCUACAUCGACAACAACGUGUACAUCACCCGCCACUUCUCCUUCAUGUGCGGCGAGGGCACCAUGUUCGACCAGGAACGUCUCGUGUGCGCCUUCCCCGAGGAGGCCCUUCCCUGCUCCGAGGCCGCCGCCUUCAGGAGGUCCAACGAAUACUUCGGCCGCGCCGACGUCAACUUCCUGGAGAAGUAGAGCCUCUGACUCAUAAUCAACCCUUACUCAUCAGUUCCAUUCCACCGCUUUCCUCAUUGCAUUGUCAUGCAUGAACUCGAAAUGAAACAUUAAAAUCUGACCCAUA